GGCGGGCUUGUGUGAAAUGAGUAGGUGACGUCAACCGUCAUUCCGUUGAGAGCGCAACAAACAUGGCGACAGAAUGGAUCGGUAAAGGCUACACGCUGACUUUAACAGUGUUAUUUUUGUGUAAAGUAGGCACAUACAGAGCGGAGACCUUGGGCAGCGACAGCAGGAUCCUCGGCAUGCGGCUGGAGAAGAGCGACAAGCCCGCCACAACUACCGACGACGGGAUCAUACAGGUAACCGAGGAAAGCAACAUCUUGCUCAGGUUCUACGGACUGCAGAUCAGUAAUGACACCUGGUCGCAGAUUAAGUUCAUGGACCGGGGGGAAGACAGCAGUUCUGUUUUAAAUAGGACUUGUGCAGAUUUUACAAAAGACUUCUCCAUCGGCACCACAAUGAGUGUCAACAGCCAGGGCACAUCUGGACUGCUGGGAGUCAAAAUUAAAUCACUUAGGAAAAGUGAGUCCCAGAGGGAUUAUGGCUUGUGCUUCAGACAUAGCCAAGAUGUAAAGUGGUAUCUGCUGGGAGAGAAUGAUGGGAUAUUACGUGUGGUGGAGGAGAAGAAGUCUCUUCUCCCUAUUUGGUUCCAGGUGAUGUUGAUAUGUUGCCUCUUGGUGCUGUCAGGUAUGUUCAGUGGGCUAAACCUGGGGCUCAUGGCUUUGGACCCCAUGGAGUUGCGAAUAGUGCAGAGUUGUGGGACGGAAAAAGAAAAGAAGUUCGCGCGCAAGAUCGAGCCCAUUCGGAGGAAAGGAAACUACCUGCUGUGUUCGCUUCUCCUCGGCAACGUCUUGGUCAACACCACACUGACCAUCUUGCUCGAUGACCUCAUCGGUUCUGGUUUAGGUGCCGUGGUGGCGUCGACCAUUGGCAUUGUGAUCUUUGGUGAGAUUGUUCCCCAGGCGCUCUGCUCUCGCCAUGGCUUGGCGGUAGGUGCCAACACCAUCGUUCUCACCAAGUUUUUCAUGUUAGUGACUUUUCCGUUGUCCUUUCCCAUCAGUAAGCUCCUAGAUUGCGUGCUGGGCCAGGAGAUAGGCACCGUGUACAAUAGGGAAAAGCUGGUGGAGAUGCUCAGGGUGACUGAGCCAUACAACGACCUCGUGAAAGAGGAGCUGAACAUGAUCCAGGGAGCUCUGGAGUUGAGGACUAAAACAGUGCAGAACAUCAUGACUCCCCUGAGUAACUGUUACAUGAUCAACAGCGAUGCCAUCCUGGACUUCAACACCAUGUCGGAAAUCAUGGAGAGCGGAUACACACGCAUCCCUGUUUUCGAGGGCGAACAGACCAAUAUCGUUGACAUCCUCUUCGUGAAAGACCUCGCUUUUGUGGACCCAGAUGACUGCACCUCCUUAAAAACCAUCACUAAGUUCUACAACCAUCCGGUCCACUUUGUUUUUCACGACACCAAGUUGGAUUCCAUGUUGGAGGAGUUCAAAAAAGGUUUGUUACUGUUUUAUGUUGUUUUGAGGAGCACUAACACACCAAUAACAGCAAUAAUCUUUCAAUUCAUAUUUCUUUCUAUAGCGCUUUUCACAAUUUUGCAUUGUAUCUAAGCAGCUUUACAUUAA